CGCAACUCCAACUUGAACUCUCCCAGCUCCAGGGACCACCGCGCGGCACAGCACAUCUCCUGUACCAUCUCUAUGCGUCGACGCGUCGCGCGUCAGCAAUGACCACUGAGAUUGCGAAACUAGGAUAUGCUGAGUUCCCAUGAGGCGGUGUUAUUGAAUUCACUUAGUCAAGGUUAUCUUUGGGUAAUAUAUGCUCCUGCUAUCAUAUAUAACGUCAUGAGGCUAUCAAUCUAGGUGAGAGAGGGGAUAAUACGUAGCUCGUUGUUUUGACAUCGCUACAAAAGGUUGUGACUCUCAGGCUCUGAGCGAUCAUGUCUUCUCCCAGUGAGAGUAGGCCGUUGUUGCCCCCAGAGUUCGCCGACCCUACACCGUCUACCUACGGUGCAUCCCUGGACAGUAAUGACGACCCGGAGUCCAUAUCUAGGAAGGUGUUGGAGAGAAAUCUUCUGCGCAAGCUAGACUUCAGAACAGCAUAUCUUGUUCUUAUCUACAUCUUGAAUCAGAUGGAUCGAAAUAACGCUGCCGCCGCGAGGCUUCGUGGUUUCGAAGAGGACCUUGGCAUGAAGGGUAGACAGUUCAAUACGCUGAUCAGCAGUCUCUACAUCGGCUAUUUGCUAAUGCAAACACCCUCAAACUUGAUUCUCACUCGCAUAUCGAAACCAUCGCUGUAUUUAUCAAGCUGUAUGUCGCUAUGGGGCCUCCUCACCACUCUCAUUGGAAUAUCCACGAACUACUACCAAGCAAUUUUCUCACGAUUUCUGGUGGGAUUUUUGGAGGCUACGUUUUAUCCUGGUGCUUUUUAUCUGCUUUCGAGAUGGUAUAGGCGAGAAGAGCUUGGGUCCAGGACUGCGUUCUUCACCGCAGCAGUUGGUUUAAGCAAUGCUUUUGGUUCGCUGUUCGCUUCUGGAAUUCUGGCAACCAUGGAGGGAUUUCUUGGCUACGCUGCCUGGAGGUGGCUGUUUUUCAUAGAGGGUUAUUUGACAGUUUUUGUCGGCAUCUGCGGGAUGUUCAUACUGCCUGAUUUCCCUUCUGGCCCUGCGCGUUGGCUCACUCCUGCGGAGCAUUCUCUUUCUCAAACGCGGAUGGAAGAGGAUUCGAGAGGCCACGAUCCCGCUGAACCUAAGCCAUCCAGUAGCUUUUCCGAUCUCCUGUCAAUAGUCACAGAUUGGAGAGCGUGGUUGAUUGGCACAGCAUUGGCUUGCUGUAAUGCAUCUUUGUCAUUCAACCUGUUUUUCCCAACAUUGGUGGCUACAAUGGGAUACUCGCCUACCAUCAGUCUUCUGCUAUGUGCACCGCCGUGGAUUGUGAGUACAAUCACUGGACUUACUGUCGCACGACAUUCUGAUGCGACACAUGAACGUUUCGGGCAUAUGGUCUUUGCGUUGUCGAUGCUGAUCACUGGAUAUAUUCUGGCUAUGUCCACGAUGAAUAUCACGGUUCGCUACGCCUCAUUCUUUCUCAUUGCUCAGUCACAAGUCUCAAAUGUUGUCUUGUUAACAUGGAUCAGCAACACAUUCGCUCAUUCGAGCUCCAAGCGAGCGGUUGCGAUUGGGUUCAUCAACUCCAUUGGAAUGUCGGGGGGCAUCCUAUCGCCGUACAUCUGGUUAUCGAGCUGGGGCCCAACAUAUACCAACUCAUACCGCAUUUGUGUCGCGUUGGCCAGCAUAUGUAUAUCGUUGUGUUGGGUGUUUAGACGGCAUCUUGAGCAAUUGAAUGAAGCUGCUGAAGCGCAAGAGCGUAAACUGGGCAUUCCCAAAGGCUAUAGAUACCUGUUGUAGUAACUGUUGUAGAGUGUAGUCGUGAGGAUCCAGUACUAUAAAGAUCAGUGUAUGUUGGUCUGCGACCGACAACCAUGUCAUUGAAUAUUGCAC